GACCGAUCCAAGUCCAACCCACCACCGUCCAGUCCGCCUCGAUCCCGAGGAUCUCCUUCCCAAAGCAUCCCUGAUUCCUUCCCAAACGCCUAAACCCCACCACCGCCACCGCCCAUGGCCGACGGCGCCAGCGCGAACCCCGGCGACCCGCCCUCGCCGGCCUCGGCGAGGUCGGGGCAGCGGAAGCACGUCCCCGACUGGCUCAACAGCCCGAUCUGGUCCGCGCCUCCCCCUCCCGCGCGCCACCGCGCCCCGUCCCCUCCCCGCCCGCCCCCGCCUCCCCCUCCUCCCACGCAGCCCGCACCUCCCCCGCGCCGCCGCCCGGAGCGGCGAGGCGGAGGCUCCGACGACGGCAGCGACGGCGACGACGAGGGCCCGCGAGCUCGUCGCGGGCCCCACCUCGUCCCGGAGUUCACGGUCGCGCUGGGCAGGAAGGUGGUGGAUCUGGCUGAGCUGCGGAGGCUCGCGUGCCAGGGCGUGCCCGACGCCGCCGGCGUGCGCCCCGUCGUCUGGAAGCUUCUAUUGGGAUACUUGCCGACUGAUCAUGCGCUGUGGGCAUAUGAACUGGAGAAAAAGCGGUCCCAAUACAGUGCUUUCAAAGACGAGCUUCUAGUUAAUCCUUCAGAAGUUACUCGAAGAAUGGAGGAAAUGACUAUAUCCAAAGGGAACAGACAUAAUUCUGAAGGAACUGGAGUGCUUCCAAGGGCAGAAAUUGUCCAUGAUGAACAUCCUCUAAGCCUCGGGAAAACUAGUGUCUGGAACCAAUUUUUCCAGGAAUCUGAAACUAUAGAGCAGAUUGAUAGAGAUGUUAAGCGUACUCAUCCUGAGAUGCAAUUUUUCAAUGGGGAUUCUUCUGAUGCCUUGUCUAAUCAAGAGUCGCUAAAGCGUAUACUUACCAUAUUUGCAAAAUUAAAUCCGGGUAUAAGAUAUGUACAAGGAAUGAAUGAAGUUUUGGCACCACUCUACUAUGUUUUCAAGAAUGAUCCAGAAGAAAAUAAUGCUGAGUCAGCAGAGCCGGAUGCAUUUUUCUGUUUCGUUGAGCUGCUUAGUGGAUUUCGGGAUAACUUUUGCAAACAGCUUGACAACAGUGUGGUGGGCAUACGCUCCACAAUCAGCAAGUUAUCCCAGCUCCUGAAAAGGCACGAUGAAGAGCUCUGGCGGCAUUUAGAGGUUGUGACCAAGGUUAAUCCACAGUUUUACGCAUUCAGAUGGAUCACCUUGCUAUUGACGCAGGAAUUCAAGUUUCGCGACUGCAUCCAUAUAUGGGAUGCACUGUUAGGUGAUCCUGAGGGACCUCAGGCCACCUUACUUCGAAUCUGUUGUGCUAUGCUAAUUCUUGUUCGAAGGCGGCUCUUGGCCGGGGAUUUCACAGCAAACCUAAAGCUUCUCCAGAGCUAUCCACCCACAAACAUUGACCACCUCUUACAUAUCGCUAACAAACUGCGAGGGCCUAUUCCCUACUGAUUGAUUAUCUUUUGUUUCUCAUGUUUGUUCUUAUAUGUUAGUUUGCAAUGUUCAAAUAUGUUUGUAAAUGAUUCUCCCAUGCCCUAUGUGAUUGGAUGGUUGAUUUAAAGCAUCGGUUCUCAUAUAGAGUGGAGUAUACCUUUUGGAGCA